GGGAGCUCUUAUCUUGUGAGUGAACAUCACCCUUCCACUAUCUCUCUCUCUUUCAUAUGUGUCACUGUCUUUCUCUGCUUUGUAGUAACACUUUCAACACUCACCAGAGAAACUAAUUACUACUGUACAAACAUCCUUUGUCUUCUAUUGGUCCGGAGUUUCAAGAAUUUCAUUUCUGGGUAUCAUGAUAAGUCACUUUCCUCUUUACUCUGCCUAAAAUCCGGUGAAGUUUUCAUCUUCUUGAAACACCCUUUUCAAGAAAGUGCUCUGUUCUUUGUCCUGUUUGAUUAACUGUUCAAGAAAGUAAGAAAAAUAAAGUUAGUGAUUCUUUUUUUUUUUUUUUUUGAUCAUGAAAAAGGUUGUCUUUUUAUGAUAUUCAAGAAAUUAGUUAAGGGUUUUGAGAAUUUCUUGAAGUUUGAUUUAUGAUCAAGGAGGGAAAGGGGGAUUUUGUUGUUUGGGGUUCUUGAGUUUGGUCUUUCUUCUCUUGCUCUGCCGAUUUCUUGGAAUUUUGGGUUUGUCUUGAUAUUUGAGAGAAAGGAGAAUUAUGGAGUUGCUGUGGUUUAUCAAGAACCAGCAGUGAAGUGUAGGGUUGGUUGCUGCUCAGCAUAGUCUUUUCAAUAUCUUUUUUGACAGGCAAAGUUAGAGGAAGCUGCAAUUGAGCUUUGAGGGCUCAAAGAAAAAUGGCUUACCAGAGAAAGGGAUCUGAUCUGCAGCCGCAGAGGCGUAUUCUGCGGACGCAGACUGCUGGUAAUUUAGGGGAGUCAAUGAUGGACAGUGAAGUAGUGCCAUCAUCUUUAAGUGAAAUUGCACCCAUUCUUCGUGUUGCCAAUGAGGUCGAGUCCAGCAACCCCAGGGUAGCUUAUCUAUGUCGAUUCUAUGCCUUUGAAAAAGCUCACCGGUUAGAUCCAACAUCAAGUGGACGUGGAGUUCGCCAGUUCAAAACUUCCCUUCUUCAACGGUUAGAAAAGGAAAAUGAAACGACCCUAGCUGGAAGGACAAAAAGUGAUGCUCGUGAAAUGCAGAGUUUCUACCAGCAUUACUAUAGGAAGUAUAUUCAGGCUUUGCAGAAUGCUGCUGAUAAAGCUGAUCGUGCACGACUUACAAAAGCAUACCAAACAGCUGCUGUUCUUUUUGAGGUCUUGAAAGCUGUUAACCUGACAGAAGCUGUGGAAGUGUCUGACGAGAUUUUGGAAGCUCAUACAAAGGUUGCCGAGAAGACUGAGAUACUAGUUCCGUAUAAUAUACUUCCACUUGAUCCUGAUAGUUCAAAUCAAGCAAUUAUGAGAUAUCCCGAGAUUCAAGCUACUGUCACUGCUCUUCGCAAUACAAGAGGUCUUCCAUGGCCAAAAAACCAUAAGAAGAAAGUUGAUGAAGAUAUUCUGGACUGGCUUCAAGCUAUGUUUGGUUUUCAGAAAGAUAAUGUGGCGAAUCAGCGGGAGCAUCUGAUUCUGUUGUUGGCAAAUGUUCACAUCCGACAAUUUCCAAAGCUUGAUCAACAACCAAAGCUGGAUGACCUGGCACUUACUGAUGUUAUGAAGAAACUUUUCAAAAACUACAAAAAAUGGUGCAAGUAUCUUGGUCGCAAGAGCAGUCUUUGGCUGCCAACUAUCCAGCAAGAAGUGCAACAGCGGAAAUUACUAUACAUGGGUCUUUAUCUUCUUAUAUGGGGAGAAGCUGCAAAUUUAAGAUUCAUGCCUGAGUGCCUAUGCUAUAUUUAUCAUCAUAUGGCAUUUGAACUUUACGGUAUGCUGGCCGGAAGUGUUAGUCCCAUGACAGGCGAAACUAUAAAACCUGCUUAUGGUGGUUCAGAUGAGGCUUUCUUGAGGAAAGUAGUGACUCCCAUCUAUAACACUAUAGCGAAGGAAGCUAAAAGGAGCAAAGUAAAGUCAAAACAUUCUCAGUGGAGAAACUAUGAUGAUUUAAAUGAGUAUUUCUGGUCAGUCAAUUGCUUCAGGCUGGGCUGGCCAAUGCGUGCUGAUGCUGAUUUCUUCCAUCUUCCUCCUGAAGAACUGGCUGAUGCAAAUGAAGCAAUCAAAAGGAACCAUUGGAUGGGGAAAAUCAAUUUUGUCGAGACACGCUCGUUUUGGCACAUCUUUAGGAGUUUUGAUAGGAUGUGGGGCUUUUUUAUUUUAUGCUUACAGGCAAUGAUCAUUAUUGCAUGGAAUGGAUCUGGCCAUCUUGGUUCUAUUUUUGAAGGAGACGUGUUCAAGAGAGUGAUGAGCAUUUUCAUAACAGCCGCCAUACUGAAGCUUGCUCAAGCGGUUCUGGAUAUAAUCAUGAGCUGGAAAUCGAGACACAGCAUGUCAUUCUAUGUCAAGCUAAGAUAUGUGUUUAAAGCUGUUGCAGCAGCAGCAUGGGUGGUAGUGUUGCCAGUAACUUAUGCAUAUAGCUGGAAAAAUCCUCCAGAAUUUGCACAGACUAUUAAAAACUGGUUUGGAAAUGGUUCAAGUUCGCCUUCUCUAUUCAUUAUAGCAGUUCUUUUUUACCUGUCACCAAACAUGCUAUCUGCAUUGCUGUUUGUUUUCCCUUUCAUCCGCCGUUUUCUUGAGAGGUCAGAUUACAAGAUUGCGAGUUUGGUAAUGUGGUGGUCCCAGCCUCGGCUUUAUGUUGGAAGAGGCAUGCAUGAGGAUGCAUUUUCUCUUUUCAAAUACACACUAUUUUGGGUUCUCCUCCUGGCUGCAAAAUUGGCAUUCAGUUUUUACGUAGAGAUACAACCUCUUGUAGGUCCAACAAAAGAUAUCAUGAGAGUUCACAUCAGUGUUUAUAGAUGGCAUGAAUUCUUCCCUCGAGCCAAAAACAAUAUCGGUGUCGUGAUUGCACUAUGGGCUCCUAUUAUUCUUGUCUAUUUCAUGGAUACUCAGAUUUGGUAUGCUAUUUUCUCUACCAUAUUUGGAGGCAUCUAUGGCGCGUUUCGGCGUCUUGGAGAGAUUCGCACAUUGGGAAUGCUUAGAUCGCGGUUUGAGUCACUACCAGGAGCAUUUAAUGCUUGCUUGAUCCCAGUGGAAAAGGAUGAAAAACGUAAAAAGGGACUUAAAGCCACAUUAUCUAAGAAAUUUGAUGAGGUCACUUCUAGUCGAGGAAAGGAGGCUGCAAGGUUUGCUCAAAUGUGGAACAAAAUAAUAGAGAGUUUCAGGGAGGAGGAUCUGAUAAAUAAUAGGGAAAGGAACUUAUUGCUUGUGCCAUAUUGGGCUGACCCUGAUCUGGACCUUAUCCAGUGGCCUCCAUUUCUCUUAGCUAGCAAGCUUCCUAUUGCAUUGGAUAUGGCUAAAGAUUGCAAUGGAAGAGAUCGUGAGCUGAACAAAAGGUUGAGUGCGGACAGUUACAUGCGCAGUGCCAUUCGUGAGUGCUAUGCUUCAUGUAAAAGCAUUAUAAAUGUUUUGGUCUUAGGUGAACGUGAACAGCUGGUGAUACAAGAAAUUUUCUCAAAAGUUGAUGAACAUAUAGCUGAGCGUAAUCUGAUAAAAGAGUUUAACAUGAGCGCACUACCUACCCUCUAUGAACAAUUUGUGCGGCUUAUUGAUUUUCUGAAAGAAAACAAAAAGGAGGACAAGGAUCAUGUAGUUAUUCUCUUGCUUGAUAUGUUAGAAGUUGUGACCCGUGACAUAAUGGAAGACUCUGUUCCUAGUUUGUUAGAUUCCACCCAUGGUGGCUCCUAUGGGAUGCAUGACGGAAUGAUUCCAAAUGCAAAAUAUCAGCUCUUUGGCACCCUUAAUUUUCCCGUAACAGAAACAGAAGCAUGGAAGGAAAAGAUUAGAAGGCUUCACAUGCUGCUAACUGAUAAGGAAUCUGCCAUGGAUGUGCCAACCAAUUUGGAAGCUAGACGGCGCAUCUCAUUCUUCUCAAAUUCAUUGUUUAUGGACAUGCCUCACGCCCCCAAAGUUCGCAAUAUGCUUUCCUUUUCUAUUUUGACGCCUUACUUCAACGAGGAGGUUCUUUUCUCAAUAAAUUCACUGGAAAGGCCAAAUGAAGAUGGUGUUUCUAUACUGUUUUAUUUGCAAAAGAUAUACCCAGAUGAAUGGGAGAACUUCCUUGAAAGGGUUGACUGUAUCAGUGAGGAUGAUCUUAAGGGUAACACUAGAUUGGAAGAAGAACUCCGUCUCUGGGCAUCAUAUAGAGGCCAAACAUUGACUAAAACAGUACGAGGUAUGAUGUACUAUCGGCAAGCUUUGGAACUUCAGGCUUUUCUUGAUAUGGCAAAAGAUGAAGAGUUAAUGAAAGGCUACAAGGCUGCUGAAUCUAAUACUGAUGAACAGCCAAAAAAUGAGAGGUCCUUGAUGUCACAAUGUCAGGCAGUUGCAGACAUGAAAUUUACCUAUGUUGUGUCAUGCCAGCAAUAUGGCGUUCAGAAAAGGUCUGCUGAUCAUCGUGCUCAAGACAUUUUGAGACUAAUGACAAAGUACCCUUCUCUUCGAGUAGCUUAUAUUGACGAGAUUGAUGAAACUGGCAAAGAUAAAUCAAACAGGACUGGUGAUAAUAAGGUUUAUUAUUCAGCCCUCGUGAAGGCUGUACCAAGGUCUGUGGACUCGGCAGAGCCAGAUCAGAAGUUAGAUCAGGUUAUUUAUCGAAUAAAACUUCCUGGGCCUGCUAUAUUGGGAGAAGGAAAGCCAGAGAAUCAAAAUCAUGCGAUUAUAUUUACUCGUGGGGAAGGAUUGCAAACAAUAGAUAUGAACCAGGAUAACUACAUGGAAGAAGCGCUUAAGAUGAGGAAUUUGUUGCAAGAAUUUUUGAAAAAGAAUGGAGUGAGAAAUCCGACUAUUCUGGGAUUGCGGGAGCAUAUUUUCACUGGCAGUGUUUCUUCACUAGCAUGGUUUAUGUCAAAUCAGGAAACCAGCUUUGUUACAAUUGGGCAAAGAUUGUUGGCCAAUCCAUUGAAAGUACGUUUCCACUAUGGUCAUCCUGAUGUAUUCGAUAGAUUGUUUCAUUUAACAAGAGGUGGUGUGAGCAAGGCUUCCAAAGUCAUCAAUCUAAGUGAAGACAUAUUUGCCGGUUUUAAUUCUACUCUACGGGGGGGUAAUGUUACUCACCAUGAGUACAUCCAAGUUGGUAAAGGAAGAGAUGUUGGCCUUAACCAAAUUUCACUGUUUGAGGCAAAGAUAGCUAAUGGAAAUGGUGAGCAGACAAUGAGUCGUGAUGUAUACAGGCUUGGACAUCGAUUUGAUUUCUUCCGUAUGCUAUCAUGCUUCUUCACCACUAUAGGAUUCUACUUUACUACCUUGAUAACCGUCAUUAUUGUAUAUGUAUUUCUUUAUGGUCGGCUGUAUCUUGUCGUCAGUGGGCUUGAAGAAGGAUUGAGUUCACACCCAGCUAUUCGAAAUAAUAAGCCUCUUCAAGUUGCUCUUGCCUCUCAGUCUUUUGUGCAAAUUGGCAUAUUGAUGGCAUUGCCCAUGAUGAUGGAGAUAGGCCUUGAGAGGGGCUUCCGCAAUGCCUUAACUGAUUUUGUGCUGAUGCAACUACAACUUGCUCCUGUUUUCUUUACAUUUUCUCUUGGAACAAGGACCCACUAUUAUGGGAGAACAUUGCUCCAUGGGGGUGCUCAAUAUAGAGGCACUGGUCGUGGCUUUGUUGUAUUUCACGCUAAAUUUGCUGAAAACUAUCGUUUGUACUCCCGAAGCCAUUUUGUCAAGGGAAUUGAACUGAUGAUUCUACUUCUUGUCUACCAUAUAUUUGGUAGAUCAUACAGAGAUAUGGUGGCAUAUGUUCUUAUAACCGCAUCUAUAUGGUUCCUGGUUGUUACAUGGCUCUUUGCCCCAUUCCUGUUCAAUCCUUCUGGAUUCGAGUGGCAAAAGAUUGUUGAUGACUGGGCAGACUGGAAUAAAUGGAUAAACAAUCGUGGUGGUAUCGGUGUAUCCCCAGAAAAAAGCUGGGAAUCUUGGUGGGAGAAAGAACAUGAGCAUCUUUAUCAUUCAGGGAUUCGUGGCACUGUAGUCGAGAUAUUAUUAUCAUUGCGCUUUUUUAUAUAUCAAUACGGACUUGUAUAUCACCUCACAAUUUUGAAUAACGAAACAAGUAUCCUGGUUUACGGUGUUUCUUGGAUCGUCAUUUUCGUGAUAUUAGCAGUAAUGAAGGUUGUGUCUGUCGGAAGGAAGAAAUUCAGUGCUGAUUUUCAGCUCGUGUUUCGUUUGAUCGAAGGCUUCAUUUUCCUUUCAUUUGUUGCCCUACUCAUCAGUUUGAUUGUUAUUCUACACUUGAAAUUUCGUGAUAUUAUUGUUUGCAUUCUCGCGUUCAUGCCUACCGGUUGGGGAAUGCUUAUGAUUGCUCAAGCUUUGAAGCCUUGGAUUCGACGUGGUGGCUUCUGGGGAUCGGUCAGGACACUUGCCCGUGGUUAUGAAAUUAUAAUGGGGUUGCUGUUGUUCACGCCCAUUGCAUUCUUGGCUUGGUUUCCAUUUGUUUCGGAGUUCCAAACCCGAAUGUUGUUCAACCAAGCAUUCAGUAGAGGUCUGCAGAUUUCUCGUAUUCUUGGUGGACCAAAGAAGGAUCGUUCCUCGAGCAACAAAGAGUAGUUUUGAAGGCUACAAUACUACUCAUUUCCAAACUGAUCCUGCUGAAUUCGUUGGACAUCUUGAGGAUAUAUGGACAGAAGAAUAUAUUCAUGUAAAUAUUAGUAUGUAUCUUAGUUCAUGUAUACAAUUUCAGGUAGCAUGUGUAUAUAAUAUAGUUUCUGCAAUUUGUCCAGAUGAGUUGUAGACUUGUACAGGAUACAUAUUUGAAAUCAAAAGGAGAGGGUUUGGUAUGGAUUAAUUUAUUAAAAGCUUGUUAGUGGAAAUUUCCUUUUGUGUUUUGAA